UAACGAUGAGACGCGCGCCCACUGACGUCACAGGGGUUGCCGUACUGACCGCUCUGUAAAUAGGAUACUGUGGAGGACCUGCCAAUCAUUCACAGUUUCCCGCCGCUGCGAAGUUGGAGAAGCGCUCGCGCUCACCGCUCUGCGAGAGCUGUCAAUCAUUCACCCGCUCCCAGGCGUCUCGUAGACCUGUCAAUCACCCGUCAGCAGCGGACGAAACGGAAACCGCGAGACGAAAUGCGCGUGAGACCGCUGCAAUCUACAAUGCUUCAUAUCGACGCGUCAUCCGCGCCGUUUGACAGGUGAGGAAAUCACCUAUGAAACGUUUGAGAGGUCAAGUGGGACACCAAAACGAUGGAUAAACGCGACAAGAAAGCGAAAGAGGAUUCGGAGACUUCCGCAAAACGUAAGGAUAAUUUCCCAGUAAAGUUUUUUCGGAGGAAAUCGUUUAAAUCCGUCGAAAGUUUGGUCAAUAGGAUACUGAGAAGUUUCGGGAGCCGGACCGGAGGCGCGCAAACAAACGGACGGUCGGCUGAAGAUGAUGACGGUGGGUUUGGGGUGAGCGCACCUUGCAGCGGAAACUCCGCACACAUGAGGAAAGAGGACAGUUGCUACCUGAGGAAAAGUUACUCGCUUCCCUGUCGCACUUCAGCCAAAGAGCGAUUCUUUUCGCUAUACGGUGAUCAAACGCCCGGUGUGUUGGGUUUGAAGAACCACGGGAACACCUGCUUUAUGAACGCCGUCGUGCAGUGCUUGAGCAACACGGACCUGCUGGCUGAAUAUCUGGGCUUGGAGCGAUAUAAACUGGAUGUGUGUCAGAGGGGAGUGAACGGGUUUGUACGGAGCGAGAACGUUCAGUAUGACAGUGAAGUCACGGAACAACUCGCGUCUUUGGUUAGAGCGCUUUGGACGCUUCAAUAUACGCCUCAACUCUCGGCUGAGUUUAAGGGCACUGUAUCUAAAUAUGGAGCUCAGUUCCGGGGAAAUUCCCAGCAUGAUGCUCUGGAAUUCUUACUCUGGCUCCUAGACCGCCUCCAUGAGGACUUCAACUCGUCUUCCACCUUCCCGGGUGGGAAUAGCAAAAGUAAAUCCAGCGGAAAGGAUCUUGAGGACGAUGCGCUUGCCUCUGAUGCUCUGAACCAAUCUCAGACGCAGCCUGGUGUUCGGCACAGCUUCGUACAGGAGCAUUUUCAGGCCCAAUACAAGUCAUCGCUCACAUGCCCUCAUUGUCUUAAGCAGAGCAACACAUUCGAUCCGUUUCUCUGCAUUUCUCUGCCCAUUCCUUUACGACAGACGAGGCCGGUGUGCGUGACUUUGGUGUUCAGUAAUAAAGGGCAGAGGUAUUUGCGAGUGGGGCUCGCUGUGCCCCUCUUCGGAUCUUUGGCAUGUUUGCGCAGGAUGGUGGCGGACGAGGGCAGCAUCUCUCCUGAUCAGGUCAUAUUGACCGAGAUCUACACAACGGGCUUCCAGCGUUCGUUCUUUGAUGAUGAUGAUCUGACCAGCAUAGCAGACAGUGACAUCAUCUAUGCCUUCCAAGCUCCGCCCCAUUACAUCAGGGGAGGGUCUGCACGGAUCUCAGGGUUCCACCACAGUCUUCCGUCCUCCCCAUUUAUCUCCGGGCCGGAGAGUCAGAGACUGGCUGCGUCCGGAGCGUUGUCCUCAGAGUUCCUGAACCAGGCUGAUGGGAUGGCGAAGAUCCUGCUGCUUGUUUGUAACACAGCCGAAGCGGGACAGCAGGCUGCCAGGUUUGGUCCUCCGUUUCUGAUGAGAGAAGACAGAUCGGUGUCAUGGGAGCAGCUACAGCAGAGCAUCCUCAGUAAAGUCUAUUAUCUCAUGAUCAAUGGAUCACAAGCACAGAAGUUCAAGGUGCUGUUCAGGAUCCGUGUUGUUGGGGGAUCUGCUUCUUACAGCUACCUAAAUCCUCAAGAUGGAAGGCCACUUCUCCACCCUGCGGUGGACAGAGCUUUGAAACUGUGUGGCUCAGGUGGACCUCCACACGUGAAGCUCAUGGUUGAGUGGGAGCACCGUAUCAAAGACUGCCUGUUUGGUAAUAUCCAGGAGGAGGUGGUAAAAGAUUCGGAAAGCGUUCGAGCUCAACAGCAACAUCACGUUCAGCAACACAGCUGCACGUUGGACGAGUGUUUCGAGCUGUACACCAAAGAAGAACAAUUGGCCCCAGACGACGCAUGGAAGUGCCCUCAUUGUAAGCAACUUCAGCAGGGCAUGGUGCAGCUGAGUCUCUGGACGCUCCCCGACAUCCUCAUCCUCCAUCUCAAACGCUUCCGGCAGGUGGGAGAGAAGCGCAACAAGCUCUCCACGCAGGUCCAGUUCCCCCUCGCGGGUCUCGAUAUGGGCCGGCAUGUGGUCAAGAGGAGCACGGGCGCCCGGCUGCCAUCUGGCUCCAAACAACAGUCCGAGAGCAGCAGACGAGCGGCAGACGUCUUGUACGACCUGUACGCGGUGUGUAACCAUCACGGAGGCAUGCACGGAGGCCACUACACGGCUUACUGCAGGAAUUCAGUGGACGGGCGGUGGUACUCUUACGAUGACAGCAGCGCUGAUCCGGUGCCUGAGGGGGAAGUGUGCACCCGCGCCGCAUACAUCCUCUUCUACCAGAGACGUGACGCCAUUCCAACCUGGUCCGCUAGCUGCUCCCUGCGAGGCUCCAUCUCCUCCUCGACAUCAGAUCACUGGCUCGCCAGACUGACUGCAGAAAGUCUGAUCUCUACACCACCUAACAAACUGACCAACUCAUCUUCAGCCCCUGAACCUCAAACCCCACACGUUCCCGUCAUCCAUGAACCUCCUAAAGAAGACGCUGAUGGAAAUGUCUCAUCGCCGUUUGUAAGGACCACUCGUGGCCAGAGCUUGAGUAUGCGUUACAACUCCAAAUCAAAGACGAGCAAAGUCCUUCCGCUUCGCUGGUCGUUUGGUUCCAAGGACCGCCGAAAACCAUCGACCGCCCCGCCACAAACAGGAACCGACGAGCUGGUGGAGUACCUCGAGUCUGGUCGACGCCCUCGUUGUACCAAGGAGCCAAUAGUUAGCAUCGUAGCUAGUCCUUCGCAGGUCAAAGCUCAGCCGCGUGAAGACGACGCUCUCAGUUCCCCCAGCCGAAGCAGUGGAGGCGUGGAGCGAAUAAACUAUCAAGGUCCAGAUUCACCUCGAUUGCCUGAAGGCCAGAGCAGGCCUCCAUCAUACUUUAACAACAUCGCUUCUAAUUGCAAUUCGAGAGCCGGUGGCCCAUCGGCCAAGAACAGCUCGAAAUUAUCCAGGCAGGAGCAUGACAGCACUCAGGUUGGCAAGUCGCUUCGGGGUUCCCCUACUGGCCUUCCCAAUGGGACCAGCUCGAGCGCUAAUGGUUCCAACAGCGCAUCUCAUUCCAGAGACUCCACAUUGAAAAGGAUCCGAAGCCAAGCUGCUAACAGGACUCAAGCACAGGUGGCUGCUGGGAAGGGCGAGGACAGCAGGUGUAAAGAUGGCGGCGUUUCAGGCACGACGCAUGCUGCCGCUCAGUUGCAUAAUGGGAAGUGUACGGAGGUGGCUUACGGAAAAACGCUUCCCAAUAAAAGCUCAGCCAAAAUGUCUCUGUCCAAUGGAGCUCUAAACGGGAAGGCGAUUGAAGUGAGAAAAACCAAUUACACCCACAAAAGCUCCAGUAAACCCAGAGACAAACAGGUUUCAGGAAGCACGGCCGAUAUUAAACGCGCCCACAGCUCAUCUAAUAUUCAGAGCAGGCUCGACAUGACUUUGAAAAGGACAUUGUCUCUCCAAAGAAACGGUCCACUGGCGCCGCUUCACCAAGGGCCUGCGGUAGAGAAGUCCAACUAUGCAACACUUCACAGAAUCAGAUACAGCAGCACAUCGCUCGGCAGACAGAGGCCUGUACCUGAAUCCUGCUUCUGAUUUAUGGCUUUCACUGUGGAUUGUGCUUUUCGUACACGUGCGGUCUGCGUCUGUCAACAUCAAAUCUGCAUUCGUGUAUCAUAGAGGACCUCAUUGUGUUGCCCGUGCUAACAAUAAUGUUUUAUACUGUAAUGUUUGACCGUCCUGAUCGGGUUUGAGAUUUCACACUAACUUUGCAAAACCUAGGUCAGCAUUCUCUCAUGCGGUUGAUAACUUUAAAUAGACAAAUAUAGCACUCCAGAUGCACACUGGUUUAAUAACAGCAGCUAAAUUGUAUGAUGUAAGCACUGAGCCAGCGUUUGAUUGGUUGUUUGUUGCAGCACAGUUCAGGGUUUAACGUGGUGCUAACCUCUUUUCAAAAUGAUACAAAUGAAAUGUUGCCGAACCCAAGGUUUAAUACCAACACUGUAAACCCAAAUGUUCAAAAUAAUCAAACAGAUUAAGUAAUGUAAACUUAAUUUUAUAAAAAAGUUCUACUUACUUAAAUAUUUUAAGUUCGUGAAACACUUUUUUACUUUUGAGUAAAGUAUAAUGAUUAUUUUUGAUUAACUUGAAUAAAACUCAAAAAUUUUAUUUGCUCCUUACUUAAUUUAAACAUGUUAAUUCAACAAUUGGUCUAGAAGGAUUUCCAAUUCCCAGCAUGCUUUGCGUCAGACUGCAUUAGGAGAGUAAAUUUUUUAAAAAUAUGAUUAUUUUAUAUGUUUUUAGUAAAGUUAAAGACUUGUUAGUGUUUAAUGUUCACUUCUCUUAGAUACUUAGAAGAGUUUGACAUAUUUUUCAGUUUUGUGGUUACCAUUGUUUAGAAGAGUGGUGCAUGUGCCUAGUCUCUGCGAAGCUACAUUUCACCUGUAAC